AUGAAACCGUCGACUGUUGAUUCGGGGUUCAUUUUAUCCUUGCCCCCUUUGCAAAACCCAUAUACGUCGGACGCUUCUUACAAACGAGUGUUAAAAGCAUAUCUUCCUUCCGGAAUUUUACAGGUCGUGGAGCCCCGAUUGACCAACUUCGCUAGCGAGGCAAUCUCUAAUGAGGUCUAUGAAUGGAUCUCAAACGCAGAGAGAGAACAGCCAUACGUGAAGACUCGAAAUGUUUGGGGAGCUCGGUACCCGUUUGAUCGACUAGUGACCUCCCAUGGCUGGAAGCAACUGGGGAAAUGGGGUGCAAGAAAUGGUGUCAUCGCCUUGGGAUACGAGGAAGAAUUUGGGGAAUAUAGACGCAUCGUCCAACAUGCAUUCAACUACACCUACUCUGCGUCUUCUGCUGUCUACUCUUGUCCAGUAUCAAUGACAAGCGGUGCAGCACGUCUGGUAGCAAAACAGCUCUCCGAUAAACCUUCAAAUCAUCCCUUCCACGAGAUAUACAGGCGGCUUAUCUCGAGGGAAGACAACUGGAUUUCAAGCCAGUGGAUGACCGAAAGACCAGGGGGAAGUGAUGUUCAAAAUUCUGAGACGGUCGCAGUUUACUCACCACUGCCACGAAAGACAGGAGAGUAUGGCAGUAUCGAAGAGGGCGACUACCUCGUUUCGGGAUUCAAGUAUUUCUCGUCGGCCACCGACUGCAAUAUGGCGUUAAUGUUAGGGAAGACUGGGUCUGGAGUGCUGAGUCUUUUCGUAGCGCCAACAAGGAGAAACAUUAUUGAAAAUGGUCAAAGAAGACAGGUGACCAAUGGGAUACGCAUUCACAGGCUCAAGAACAAAAUGGGCACGAAAGAAUUGCCCACCGCCGAGUUGGAGCUGAAGGAUGUCAGAGCUUGGCUGAUUGGGCCAAUUGACAGAGGCAUACCAACAAUUGCAUUGCUGCUGAAUGUUACUCGAACACAUAACUUCAUCACAGCAUUAUCAUGCUGGCGCCGAGGGAUGUCUAUCGCCAAGGGAUUUGCUUUAGCGAGAACAACCAUCAACCAGCCACUGUGGACUUUCCCCAUGCAUCUGAGACUGCUGGCUACGUUGGAAGUGAAGCAUCGAGGACUUCUACAACUCGCCUUCUACACCACCGCCCUACUAAGCUUUGUGGACAAUGGAUUUCCGGAGGCAGCCUCUGCACAUAGUGUGCCAUUUCCAAACCCCGGUGAGGAAGCUGAUGUUGUCUUGCGGACUUUGACGGCCUCAGCAAAAGCAGUUAUAUGCAAAGUAGCGACCAUCGCAUUGCAGGAAUGCCAGGAAGCAAUGGGCGGUGUUGGGUACAUGGAUGAACCAGAUGAACCAGAGCAUAACAUUGCAAGACUAAUGAGGGACACUGCCGCAAACAUGACUUGGGAAGGCACCACCAAUGUGCUUGCCAGUGAGGUCACUCGUCAUCUUCUGAACCAUGAUGCAGGUAAUCUUAGGGUAUUGAGUUCCUGGUUGAAUCGGGUGAUCGGUAAUGUACGCGAAGCGGAACUAAAAAGGCUCCUGAGAGAAUCCUGGCACAGUCUCCAACAGGUCGUCGUCAAGGGAAAAGCUGACCUAAGCUCUGCGCUGUCGGACGGACGUCAGAUCAUGUUCACGCUGAUCUGGAUCAUCAGCGGAACCUUUCUCGCGAUCGAUGCUCAACGGGAUAACGACGAAGUAGCAAUGGAGAUAGCCCGUAGAUGGGUUAUUGACGGAGAAGGUGGCGUAGGAGAGUUCGUCUUUCCUCAAAUCGUGCAUUCCAGUCGACCGAGGAUAUCAAUGGGAGGUCGCGAUCGUACAAAUUGGGAUUGCAAACUGGUCUGGGGCAUGGAUCUACCUGAGAAUGCCUCUACCGGGCAUCGCCCACUGGCAACUGGCUCGAAACUGUAA